CUCACCCAAAAAGCCUCCACAGACUGGGGAAAUACCUACGGUGGACACAGUAAGCAAUGGGGAAACACUCCUGAAAACCCAGAGGGACAGCCACGGGACAUACCCAAUAUAUCGGGCAACUCCUGUCCCAGGCAUGCAGGCCCAAAAUGGCGGAUGCCUACCAAGACAUGGGGAUGGAGUCACUCUCAGCCUCAGAAGACGAAUACCUAGGCGACAUGCCGACCCAGAUAUCCCAACGGAGGCAACAGACUGUACCCCCGAGGCAACCAGAACAACAACUAGCCACUAAGGUCGACCUGUCAGGAAUGGUGACAGACCUCAAGGCCUUUUUCACGGCGGAACUAGCAGGCCUCAAAUCAGAGUUGAAUGCACUUACAGGCCGCAUACAAGCCACAGAAGACGGGGUCCAAGAUCUGAAGAACCAGCAAGAUGCUACGGCCGCCCAAACGCUGGAACUAGCAGCCACGUGCACACAGCUAAAUGCUCGAAUGGGGCAGCUGGAAGACGCAGCAAGGCAGAGAAACCUCAAGGUGAGGGGGAUCCCAGACACCAUAACGGCAGAGGAACUGCCUUACCUUAUUAAGAGACUGCUCCAAGCCACCUUUCCGCCCAAACAGGCCAGAAGCAUGACCCUAGAUGGCCUACUUUGCAUACCGGGACGCCCAGGCAAUGCACCUGAAUCCGCAAGAGAUGUCAUACUAAAUUUUAAAUCCCGCUUGGAUAAGGAUGGCUUUCUUAGAGCCGUCAGGGACCAGACCCCAUUUGCAUUUGAGGACCUUUCCUUGAACUUUUAUCAAGAUCUCAGUCGCCAGACGCUACAAUGGCGUGCAUCCCUGAAAGAAACCACGGCACAACUAAGAACAGCGGACAUACCAUACAAGUGGGGCUACCCACGACUACUCAUAGCCACACAAGAUGGGCACAACCACCGACUGACAUCGCCGGAGGAAGCUCCACAGUUUUGCGCCCCACCCUCCCCAGACUCCGGGGUCAAGCAGUCAUAAGGCCAUGUCACAUACCACUAUUACCUUUAACCGCUAUAGCACACAAAUGUUCCUAGAACAUACUACCAACCCUAACCCUAUGCCAAGGAGGACAGGAACGAUUGUUAACACAACUGUGUAGACUCACCAGCCAGCACUAGGAGGCAUAGGCACAGUUUCACUACCUAAUAUAUUUUAACCUGAUAUAUAUUCGUAUCUAGUUCUUGUCUUAAUUAACAAAAGGUGCAAGCUAAAGCUGUCAUAACUUCUGUUUAAUACUGCUG